AUGGACAUUUUCACAUCUCCUCUCGACCACGACCCAGAAGCAUCAUGCGAAACAGAUUCUCCGACAACUGUUCAGAGUAGUGGGUAUUCAGACGAGGAAGUGAUACUGGCGUCGUCGCGGCCCAAGAAGCGAGCGGGGAGAAGAGUGUUCAAGGAGACCAGACACCCCGUGUACCGGGGAGUGCGACGGAGGAACAACAACAAGUGGGUCUGCGAGAUGCGGGUUCCCAACAACAACAACUCACGGAUUUGGCUCGGCACCUACCCCACGCCGGAAAUGGCGGCGCGGGCGCACGACGUUGCGGCCCUCGCGCUCAGGGGAAAGUCCGCCUGCCUGAAUUUCGCCGACUCCGUGUGGCGCCUGGCGGUGCCUGACAGCACAGACGCGGAGGAGAUACGGCGAGCGGCGGUGGAGGCUGCGGCGGCGUUUGUGGAUGAAGAGGUGAGCCAACAGCAGAGGAGUGAAGAAAUUGAAGAGCCACCGCGACUGCAACAAGAAGAGAUGUCGGAAGAGUUGCAUGAUUUGCUUCUGCGAAUGGCGAACGAGCCUUUGAUGUCUCCUCCUCCUUGUGUGAGAGAUGGUAGGGAUUGGAAUGACGUGGAGAUAUUUGAUGCAGAGGUUUCACUGUGGAGCUUUUCAAUUUGA